AUCAAUCGUCAAGGCUUUCUGGAUGCUCUGGGCUAAGUGGAUCUAGCCCGAGUGCUGACCGUUGAAAGAAAAGGCUCUAACACAGGGAGGUACAGACCGGCUUGCGGCGUCGUUGCUGGUAGAAAAUCAUAUGCGCAACAGCUAGCGGAUGCUGUCGGGAUUCCGCGACCAGGGUCUUCAAAUUGAAGAACGUCUAAUUUAAGACUGUGCUCAGAAUCAUCUCCUGUAGUAUCUAUUUCUGGAACAGUGAGACUACUCUAACAAUGGCUUCUACGCAACCGACUGGGUCUUCUGCGCCCUCGUCUAACCUGAAUUCUCCGAUCUUGCCUCCUGGAGCUACCCCGUUUUUCGUCGGUUCCUUGCCAGACAGCAACGCAAGGUCCUCUCCUGUGCCGGCUAAUCAUGCCCCAACGCAAGCUGAUGGAUCGAAGUCAAAGCGCACCAAACGUGAUAGCCGCAAAAAGCGUGAGGCCAAGGGCCUGGAUCAGGAAAACAUGCCACCCAAGAAGAGAACAGUUGCGGUCCAGAACACUGCGCUUCCGAGUGCAGAACUCAGCAUACUACGGCCAUUAUUGCUGGCCGAGCCUCGUGCGUCCGAUCUAUUACCUCCACAACCUCGUCAGUUGAACUUUGUGAAUCGGAAAGCGUCGGAUAUUAUCGGCCAACGAUGGGACUUCUUCGAGAUUGUCGACAAACUCACGAACAAGAAUGGUUUCCGCUAUAGCUAUGCCAUAGCUGACCCGGGUUUCCCACAUAUCAAGUACCGCCAGACUGACGUUUCCCCCUACCACGCUCGGUUCAGCUUCGAAGACUCUCCAGCUGCUAUUUUCUUCACCAAAGAUGCUCUUGCAGUCACUUCUAAUGAGCCUUGGCAUACUGCACGCGCCAAUGUCUGCGCUCGAGAAGGAUCCUAUUACUACGAGGCGCGCAUUGUUAGUGGUGUCACGAAUGGUCCACUAGCAGCCUCUUCCAAUAGCAAUACAAGCUUGCCGUCUAGAGGUCAUGUACGCCUUGGGUUCGCACGAAGGGAGGCAGACCUCGAUGUCAAUGUUGGUGUUGAUUGUUACGGUUACGGUGUUCGUGACGUGAAUGGCGAGGUUGUCAACCGAAUGCGUUGCGAAUACUUCUUCCCCAAAGGCGAAUCUAUUCGCGAGGAUGAUGUUAUCGGCCUCCUUAUUACCCUCCCGCCACUUUCGCUUCACAAAAGAGUUGUUGAGGGAACAUAUGAUCCGAAUGCAGACGGUGAUGUUUCAACACCGGGCUCAGAAGUCUUGUCAGCCCCGAAUAUUAUUCGUGAUCGCAUUCCUUUCCAUUACAAGUCUGAUUUCUGUUGGCAACAAUCAAAUGUGUUUUCAACAAAACAGCUUCGCGACUAUGCGUUCAAUCUCAAAGAGACGCCUACAUUUGGACCGCCAUCUCCAUUAAACGGCGAAGAUGCAUCUUUGCGGACCUUGCCCGGUUCAAGUAUCACAAUAUACAAGAACGGUGUCAAAAUGGGGGUCCCUUUCAAAGAACUGUAUGCAUUUCUACCACCAGCUAGCCGGCUCGCCAAUGGCACAAAUAAUUUGGGAAUUGGCGAACGCGAGAAUGCAGAUGACGGGAUGAUCGGUUAUUACCCUGCUGUCAGCUGCUACGGCGGAGGCGCUGUUGAAUGCCGCUUUGAAGGGCCAUGGUGGGUAGGUCCGCCUUCUCAUGGAGACAAUGGCGAGCCAGUCCGGGGAAUAGGCGAACGCUUCAAUGAGCAAAUAGUUGAGGAUGUUGUUGCUGACAUCGUUGAUGAGGUUGAAGCGAUGUGUGUCUGGGGUGGAGUAGACGGCAACGUUGUCAACAAUGCGGAGAUCGAUGGUUCCGGUACUGGGGUGGUUGGUGGCUCCGAGGUGUUGAAAGGUGGUGUUAGUGCGGCUUAUGAGUCUGCCACGCUUCCGGUUUCAGAGAAUCAGAGUGUGGCCGCUGCCAAUCCCACUGGAAACGAAACAGUGAACGUCAUGGACCUCGAUGCAGGCCACACCACGUUCGAGGACGCCAUGGGCGCCGAGGCAGCAGGUACAUCUGUGGUAGAAGCGGCCCCGACUACUGUACCUGAGGCGGUAAUCGGAGAUGUGGACAUUGAAAUGUCUUGACUGCCGUACCGCAGAAGUCUCGUUCUGUGCUCGCUUAUUCGGGUCCUUGAUCCUCGGCCUCGUGGGCCGUGUUGCGACAUCUUGGGAUAGAGGUGUCAUACAUGGCUAGUAAGCAUGUGUUGGCAUGAAAGCAUCCCUAAAAAUCCAUGGAACAUCCUAGUCUUCA